AUGCUCCGUUGUCUUCUUAUUGCGGCCUGCUCUGUCGCUCUGGCUUUUGCCUUCCACCGUGAGUUUUUUUUCGUACCCCUUUCUUCUUUGUUCUCAUGUUUUUUCUUUUUGUCUUCAAGUGUCCCGUGUUAUGUAAAUUCGUCUCCUAAAGUUUUCAUUGAAGAAUAUCGAGAGCUCAAAUGCUCAACACCUACUAACACCAUUCGAGGUGGACCUGAUAGAGCAGAGUGCCAACUUAUUCUAAAGGAAGAGGAGUUGGAGACAGGCCGACCAGUCCCCAAAGGUCUUGGAUGUUGGAAGGAGGAUCACGAAGGUGAAGAACGAGAGUACUGUGACUUGGUCUGCCCUAACUCACACACCGUCUUCAUUUCAUUCAUCGAUCAAGGUCAUCGAGCUUGCUUCAACUACAUAACCUAUCAGAUUGAGAAGCGGGCUGAGGAGCAAUACUUGUGGCGCAGCGGCAAAUGCCUCAACUCGACUGUUAACUACCGUAUCGGAUGCAAAUUCGAUGAUCCUUUCGACACGCAAUUCAAGAGCGACAACGAGAUCCUAGCCCGUCUUCGCGCUCGUGCUCGCCGAGCCUAA